AUGUUUUAUGUCGCCCCUCUUCAGAUCCAAAGCCAGAGCCUCUCGUUCGCUGAAUGGGUUGCCUUACUCACACUCUGUCUCGCACCAUUGAUAGCUCACAUCCUCGCCGGAGCACCUCAGCCCUCUCUUCUAGCAUCGUCAAAGCCGAAGUGGCAUGACAGGGUGUGCAUUCUGAACCCUACGUCGAUAUUAUGCCGAUACGCCGCUAUUGUGGACAGGCGCAUACGAGCUCGCCAGUGGGGGCCUGUUGAUGCAGCGGCUGCCAACGCUGUCUUCUGGAACCAGCACGGAUGGGACGGGUCCGAGGAAAUGGUUAUGAGGGCACUCCCUUAUUGCACUCUGCUACCUGACCACGGCACGGUGGAGCUGCUAUCGACCGAGAUGCUCAAGACUGCCAUCGUAACUAUGCAGGGUCUUCAGGCACUAGUGUCUCUUGUUGGAGGCAUCACGGGUACAGUGCUGUUCAAUCAGUACUUUGGACUCGACGGACUCUUCGGUCCUCUAUCCGUCAUGGGACUUCUCCGCUUAUAUGCGGCACCAUGGCUCACAGAUGACUACAUGUACUCAGGGCGAGCGCUCGCCGGGACACAUGCGGUUGCUUGUGGGCCGGUUGCAAAUAACAACUCGGCCACGGAUGUUCCACGUCAUUCUAUCGACAGCCUCAAUCAACCACCAGAUAUCAAGGAGUCGGUGGACUCAAGAUACCGCCCAGUUUCAUUCUGGCCGAGUCAGUGUUUCCGAGCCCUGUAUUUCAGCUCCUUAAUUGGGUGUUGGUUUCUGGCCAUGUGGUGGACUUUCAUCCGCCCCUUUCUAAGGCCUCGUGGCACGCCAUUGACUUCAUCGUCCUUCCUCGCCGGCGUAUUUUAUGUCUUUGGCCUUGGUAGCACUGCGAUUAUCUACUUCUGUUAUUACAUUUGGGGCAACGCCAGAUCCACCAUCUUGCCCUGCGCCUCUGAUAUUUGGUAUAAAGCGUAUACCAUUGUGUUAACGACAUUCAUGGGAGUCGUGCUUUUGCUAUCAGCUUUGGAGACUUACAAAGCUGCAUGCGGAUCAUACACAAGUCUGCCAGCCAGAUGCUCCGACCUCGUCUGUGUGGCGACGGGGGGCGAGGUUCCAGCUACGGUUGCAAGAUGCUACUAA